AUGUACUUUGUGAUGUUGAAGGUUGUUCAGGCUAAAAAGAAAUACAUUUCGCUUAUUAGAUUAGACCUCAUAUUGUGUAGGAUAGUUAAAGGUAUUGAUAAAUUGAUGAUUUGCAGCUUUUGCUAUACUGAGUUUGAAGAUACUUUGUCUGCAAGUGUUACUGCUGCUUUCUUCAAAGUUUGUUCCCAUAAAUAUGCUGGCCAUCUCCUACAGAUGGUUCGUGAGAGGGGGGGACCUGCCAAGACCCAGUCAAGCAGUAGCAAGUGCCACCAGUGCCCCCACUGCCCCUUCACCACUACCCAAGAAACACUCCUGUUUGAGCACUGCCUCACCCACAACUGGGAGAACCCCUUAUCCUGUCCCCACUGCCAGUACAGACCGGCAGACGCCAGCCAGAUGAAGAGGCAUAUGCGGAUACAUACUGGUGAGAAGCCUUAUCUAUGCCCACACUGCCCAUAUGAGACUGCAGAUGGCAGUAAUUUGAAGCGGCACAUACGCACACAUACAGGAGAGAAGCCUUACUCCUGCCCACACUGUCCCUAUCAAACGGCAAUGAAGGGAAAUCUGAACAGACACAUUCGAGGCCACAUGGAAAAGGACAGUAUUGGAGCCUUGCCAACAGCAGACCUCACUCACUUCCCGCCCAUGCAGAAUGUGCACAAAGAUGUGGGUGACUUCGUGGACAGUUAUGGUGGACAGCCGAACUUCAGGACUCCCAACGCACCCAAGAAGAUCCACCAGUGCCCUGUAUGCUCGUACACCACACCCAAUCGUUCCCACUGGAUUGUUCACUGCCGAACACACACUGGUGAAAAGCCAUAUUCAUGCUCAUACUGUCCAUAUGAGACAGUUGCCAAGAGUGACUUGAAGAGACAUAUUAGAAUUCACACUGGAGAGAAACCAUUCUCUUGUCCUCACUGUCCAUAUCAGACUGCUGUCAGUGCAAGCCUCAAGAGGCACAUUCUUACCCACACAAGCACAAGAUCCAGAAAACUGUCAUGUGACAAUGAGGCUGGAGGCAUCGAGAAGGCACUCAUGGCAAGGUGUCAGAACAGAGGCCAUGCCCCUCUCCAGUGCUACUGCCACCGUCACCACCACCUCUGUGGCUGGAACAUCCAUCAAGAUCCACCAGUGCCCAUACUGUGCCUACACAACUUCCAUCAUCUCCAACCUGAAGAAGCAUGCACGCAUCCAUACUGGAGAGAAGCCUUUUGCCUGUCCCCACUGCCCAUUUCGUGCAACCCAAAUGGAAAACCUCAGGAAACAUGUCCGCACCCACACUGGGGAGAAACCCUACACAUGCCAGCAGUGCAUGUACCGCACCACAAAGAAGAGCUGUUUAAUGAGACAUAUCAUGACUGUGCACAACGUUUGAAGAUGUUAGCAAGAUGUGAGGACCUAGGAUCCAGUGAGGACAUCAGUCGGAAGCACCUGUGGAGGAAUGUCAGUAACAGCAAUAGUUAUCCAUCAGGCACCAAGAUCCACCAAUGUCUCUACUGUUCCUACACUAGCACCUUGAAGUGCAAUUUACUUCGUCAUGAGAGGACUCACACAGGAGAGAAACCGUUCCCAUGUCCACACUGUAAUUUUCGUUGUUCACAGAACUCAGAUCUGAAGAAGCACAUUCGCAUUCACACCGGAGAGAAACCCUUUGCAUGUUCACUCUGUCCAUAUAGGUCGUCCCGUAAAGAGAGUCUGAGGAGUCAUAUGCGAACGCACUCUACAACUGUGCGCAAUUGAUGACAGAAUACUGAUAUCAGGUUUUGUAAUAUAGGGCAACAGGCAUUAUCAGUUUUCCAGUGUCUUUUUUUCUAAAAAUGUUAUUUUUGUUGCAUGUAACCACUGAAAUGUACAUAAUGAAUCUUUUAUAUUGGAGGUAUUGAUACUUUAAGUUCGAUCAUAUUGAUCAUAGAAUUAAAUGGUGCCAAUUAAUGAAAUCUCAUAAAGAUCUACAAGAUACCAAUCAGUGAGAUGAAUACCAGUUCAGUAGUGUACUAAUCUACAUUAAAGAUGAAACUUUCACAACAAACUUCACCAAAUCAAAUUUUGGAGUAUUACCAUCAAAUGUGUAAAAACUGACAUGAUAUGAAAUGCUUUCUUAUUUGCCAACAUUUAUUUUUUAUUUUUAUAGUCUUUAUCAAUUUGCAGCAGCUAUACUUUCAUUAAAUGAUUUAGUGAAAAUUGUCAGGUAAAACAUGUCCGUAUUGCUUGUAUCAUCAAUUACAUUUUAUGUAAGAAGCUCAAGUCACCCAACUUCUUUUUCAUAUAAUCCUGUUCUUCAAAAGAUCUUUUGUGCAGCAUUAUUUAGAUAUUAAUAUAUAUGAUUAUUCAUGAAAAAUAUACCUACA